UAGCUUUCUAAAACAUUUUAGUAACCCGGAAUCGUAGAAUAUGGACAUAACAGUGUUACAAAAAUGAGGUAAUUGGAGAGGGACUUUUCUUCUGUGUGGUGUUUUGGCUGAGGGCCUUGUGUAUUCCACUUUCCCCUUACUAGAGCAGCAGUGAAUGGCCAUGGCAACCCUCCUCAUCAACACUGCCAGGCCAGAGGAAAGGUCUUUUCUCAGAAGAAAAUUCUCGGCUGAAUUUCUAUCCUGCCAACACUCCACUGCUGUUUUCAAUCCAUCUCUCUACUCAUCAACUACCAAGCCGCAAUGAUGGACACCAGUCUCCCAGCCAUGCUGGUGGCUCUCCUCCUCUUCGGCGUAGCUAUUCUUGCUGUGGAGAAAAUGAUGAGUCGAUCCAACGCCAAAGAACCGAUCAUACCUGUCUCUGUCGAAUUUCUCUUCGCCCGUCUUUGCACCAACGAAGGGUUCUGUUGUCGAACUGACAAAUUCUCCCACGUGGAAUCAUUCGAAAACAUCCAGCGUGGCCUUCGCAUGUUGAAGAAAUGCGCUAUGAAAAAGAUUACCUUCAGUGGAGAUCCACUGGUCUAUCCUAAUCUCUUGUACAGGGUGAUAAAAUUCUGCCGGGAGGAUCUAGGUCUCGAUUCUAUAUCGCUGGUUGCUGAUGCGAGCAAACUGACAGAAGGGUUCAUGGAAUGCGCCGCGAGAUAUAUCGACACCAUUAUCGUCGCCUGCGACUCAUUCAACGAGCAGUGUAAAAAUGUUAUCGGUCGCGGUACAGGGUCAGAUUUCGCUCAAAUCCAGGAGGUAGCUCGACUCUGCAAGAAAUACGAUGUCGGCUUUGAGAUACAUACUGUGGUGAACCGAUACAACGUACACGAGGACAUGAACAAGCAAAUCCAAGCUCUUCAGCCGGUGCAGUGGAAAGUCUUCCGGGUACUGGCUAUCGAUAAUGGUUCAGAUGAAACUAUCCAUAAUUCCCGUCGGUUCAAAGUCUCUGCAAUGGAGUUUCGAAUGUUCUGCAACUGGCAUUUCCACCAGAACUGUUUGGUUGACCGGCCAUAUUACACUAUGGGCGACUCGCACUUCGUCCUCGACGAUCAUAUGAGGUUCAUCAAUCAAAAAACCGGGGCUCCAACGAAAUCUAUUCUCGAUGUCGAUAUUGAGGAGGCUUUGAGGGAUGCGUACUGGGACGAAGGCGAUUCCUAUGAGCGUGGUGGGAUCUAUGACUGGAGUGAGGAAUAUGUCUGCGAGAAAUGCGAAUGCAAGACCAUGGAUCUUUGAUUGUCUUCUCUGUAUAUCCUGGUAAAUGGUUGGGAUCAAAUAAUGUCCGUAUGAUAUUCUAUUGAACAGUCAUUUGUGUUUAUCUGAAGAUGUAUUUCACAGCAGUGGCAUCCGUAAUAUGUCGAGGACAGUGAUGAUGAUCAAUCCCAAGUUAAUACAAG